GAUAUCAAUCAAGGUGAUAGAUGAUGAGGAGUAUGAGAAAAACAAGAACUUCUACCUAGAGAUCGGGGAGCCCCGGCUGGUGGAGAUGAGUGAGAAGAAAGCCCUGUUGUUGAAUGAGCUUGGUGGCUUCACCAUCACAGGGAAACUCUGGAAGGGCAACCCUAUCUUCAGGAAGGUCCAAGCUAGAGAUCAUCCUCUUCUUUGCACCGUGGUCACCAUCCAAGAGGAGAGUGAAGAAAAGCAACCGCUGACCAGCAAGGAGGAGGAAGAACGUAGAAUCGCAGAGAUGGGGCGCCCAGUCCUGGGGGAGCACACCAAACUUGAAGUCAUCAUUGAGGAAUCCUAUGAGUUCAAGAACACGGUGGACAAGCUCAUUAAGAAGACAAACCUGGCCCUGGUGGUUGGCACAAACAGCUGGAGGGAGCAGUUUAUUGAGGCUAUUACUGUCAGCGCAGGGGAAGAUGACGAUGACGAUGAAUGUGGGGAGGAGAAGCUGCCCUCCUGCUUCGACUACGUGAUGCACUUUCUGACCGUCUUCUGGAAGGUCCUUUUUGCCUUUGUGCCCCCCACAGACUACUGGAAUGGUUGGGCUUGCUUCGUUGUCUCCAUCCUCAUGAUCGGCCUCCUGACAGCUUUCAUUGGCGACUUGGCAUCUCACUUCGGCUGCACCAUUGGCUUGAAGGACUCAGUCACCGCAGUCGUGUUUGUCGCACUGGGGACAUCGGUGCCAGACACAUUUGCCAGCAAAGUAGCAGCUACACAGGACCAGUAUGCGGAUGCCUCCAUCGGGAACGUCACUGGGAGCAAUGCCGUGAACGUUUUCCUGGGCAUUGGGGUGGCCUGGUCCAUCGCGGCCAUCUACCACGCAGCACACGGACAAGCCUUCCAAGUCUCACCUGGUACCUUGGCCUUCUCUGUCACCCUCUUCACCAUUUUUGCAUUUAUCAGUGUGGGCGUGCUGCUCUACCGGCGGAGACCUGAGAUUGGAGGUGAGCUGGGCGGGCCGCGGACUUCCAAGCUGCUCACAACCUCACUCUUUAUCCUCCUGUGGCUCUUGUACAUAUUCUUCUCAUCUCUGGAAGCCUACUGCCACAUAAAGGGCUUCUAAAGGGACAAUCAGAGAUAGUAAAUAUAUAUAUAUCUAUAUGUAUCUAUAUAGAGUGAUAUAUAGGUAUAGAUAUAGAUAUAACGCUGUGUAUAAUGAACAGAGAAAGAAUAAAAGAGAUUUGCCAUGUUCACACA